UCACAACCAACACUUUAAAAGGCAAUCAGGUCUCAUCGACAGCGACUAUGGCUUCGGCCAUUGCUCUCAGCAGCAAUUCGACUGCCCUGUUGCAAACGGACCUCACCUUGCAGCUCUCAGCGCUACGCAACACACCGUCCCUCUCCCCCCGCGGCGUGUACGUCGUCCCCUCGACCGCAAACCCACUCCUCCUCGAUGGGGUUCUCUUUGUCGGCUCAUCAGGCCCGUACGCAGGUGCAAUCUUUCGCUUCACGCUGCAAUGGUCCUCUGUCAAGCCUAUCGUAUGCUUCGACCCGCGCUGCGUGCCUGCUCAUCCCCUCGUCCAAGCCGCUGCACCGCAUAGACUGAACUUGACGCCGCUCCUGGCUGAAAGCGGCGAGGAGGGAAUCACCACGCUGCCCCUCAUCCUUGGCUUUGUACGAAGUAUCUUCCAACCACAGUACCUGCGCAACGAACUCGUCAAGCGACCAGACUGGUUUACCAAUUACAAUGUGGACGUGGGCUCGCUACUCGUCAAGCAGUACGGCCAGCAUGCCCAAUCGCAAGCCGCUGGCGGUAUCUUCGACAGCCUUGCAAAGCAGAGCGUACGACUCAGCCUCUCGCCUGCUGUAUUGUACGGUCACGGCCGAGGCACAGCCAAGGGGGAGGGCGAAGCGGUCAAGUCGAAUAUCGUCUUUCCCGAGGAGCUGCUCUCGAAGGGCAGGAAGGCGGCUGAGGAGGAGCAGGAGAGAGAGCGGUGGAUGGAGCAACUAAAGCGGGACAUCUUCUAUGGCGAUGAGGAUGGAGGAGGCAGCUAGGGAUGCAAAUGACUCAUUGAGAUCAGCCAUAGAUACCCACUGUUAGGCUCAAGGCAAGAAUACAUGCGGGCGAUACCCUCUGACGUACCUCGAGCAGCCACAUUGCGAUCGCUCAUGGUAGCUAGUGGCAACCUUCUAGACGAUAUUGACGUCUCGCCCGCUCUGCACGCAGGACAUAAUGAGUCAACGUCUCGGGCAAUGUGGAAUUUGUUGAAGGCGAUGUUCAGUUUAUCGAUGAUGGCUCGUGAUCGCCGCCACAGUCACUCCAUGACCCACGGGCAGCAUGAUCAUCGAAGCACUCAGCAGACUCAGCGAUGAUGGCAUCGCCGCUGGCAAGGCAGCCAACUCGAUCCGAUCGUCGUAGAGGCCACCGUGAGAAAAGUGCGAAGGAUGAUUGCGCGAAUAUGGUCUGACGAAGCGUCGCCAUCGUAAUGAGACUGGAUCCAAC